UAGCAGCCACCCCACCCCACCCGCCUUCUUCCUCCCUCCCUCUCCGCUGGUUCCCUCCUCCCCCGCCACGGUCGCUGUCGCGGGAUCGCCACCACGCCGAGCCCCCACUCCCCACCGCCCGCAGCUCUCUCCCCAGGCUCCAGCUCCAGCAGAUCAGCAGCAGCGGCAGCAGGAGGAGUAGGCCGCAGCGGCAGCGCCCGUCCAGCUCCGCCGCCGCGCGCGGCCGUCGAUCUCCGCCAGGCCAGCCUUCCGCCCUCCCCAUUCCGCCCACCCGCCAAAUAGAGCCCCUACGCGCCUCCGCCCCAGCCUAGCCAGCUCCCGCUUCGUUCGCCGCGCCCGCGACCGCCGCUCCAGCAUCGCAGGAGGGCCGCGACCGCCGCUUAAUUGCCUUGCCGGGGGACGCCACGCGGCGGGCCUCGCCCCGAACAUUUCCCGCAGAGAAAAGCUUAGGGGUAGCAGCCUGGUGGGAUUCCUCCCCAAUUUUUUAAUCGGUUUCGGCAGCCAACGGCGAGCCCGCCCAGCCCAGCCCAGCGGCCGGAGGUAGGGGAGGAGCAGUGGAGUAAAGAAGCCGGAUUUUAUUAAUGCAGGUUUAGCGAGCGGGCGGGCUAAUUAUUUUAGCGCCGCUGUCUCGGCUGGGGACUCGCGAAAGCUUCGGCUCUUUUGAGGAGGCCCCCCGCUCCCUCGCCGCCUCCUCCGCCCAACCCCAGCCCAACCCCUCCGCGCCGCGGCCCCGCUCUCUCCCGCUGGGAGCACUUGUUUUCUCCUGGGUACUCGUACCAGUGCUCGCUUUCGCUGGGGCCGGGGCCGAGGCCGGUGGUCGUCGCGCAUUCCCACAAGCAUAUGUUGCGCAUUGCGCGGGAUGGGGAGCAGCAGUAAAUCGGGGGGCAUGGAGGACAAGGGGGGAGGGAUGGGCAAGUACGCGGCCAGGAGAGGUUGGAGGCGCCUGGCGGCCGUCGCCUGGGUGGCGGCGGCGGUGGCCUGCUCGGCCUCCGUGCACUGGCAGCUGCGCGGGGAGACCAUGGAGCGCGCCGAGCAGCGGCUCGUCAACAUGUGCGAGGAGCGGGCCAGGAUGCUGCAGGAGCAGUUCGGCGUCACCGUCAACCACGUCCACGCGCUCGCCAUCCUCAUCUCCACAUUCCACUUCGAGAAGAACCCCUCCGCCAUCGACCAGGAUACUUUUGCGAAGUACACGGCAAGGACAUCAUUCGAGCGUCCACUGCUAAAUGGGGUAGCAUAUGCACAGCGCCUCUUCCCUCAUGAGAAGGAAACGUUUGAAAGACAGCAUGGAUGGAUUAUGAGGACUAUGAAUCGAGAGGCUGCACCUCUCCAAGAGGAGUAUGCCCCGGUGAUUUUCUCCCAGGAUACAGUCUCCUACCUUGCGCGCAUGGAUAUGAUGUCUGGGGAGGAGGAUCGAGAAAACAUCUUGCGUGCGAGGGAAACUGGCAAACCUGUGCUGACAAACCCAUUUCGGCUUCUUGGGUCAAACCACUUGGGGGUAGUACUCACUUUCGCAGUGUAUCGCCCUGAUCUACCUGCUGAUGCAUCAGUUGAGCAACGUGUGGAAGCAACUGCUGGCUAUCUUGGUGGAGCUUUUGAUGUGGAGUCACUUGUAGAAAAUUUGUUGAAUAAACUUGCUGGCAAUCAGGAUAUAUUGGUGAAUGUGUAUGAUGUUACAAAUGCUUCAGAACCUAUGGCCAUGUAUGGAUCUCAAACUCCAGAUAAUAAAGUGGACCUCUUGCAUGUUAGCAUGCUUGAUUUUGGAGAUCCGUUUAGGAAGCAUGAAAUGAGGUGCAGGUAUGGGCAAGAGCCUCCAAUGCCGUGGUCUGCUAUUAGUAAUCCUAUGGGCUGCUUUGUCAUAUGGAUGCUUGUUGGGUAUAUAAUCUGUGCUGCAUGGUCUCGGUAUGACAAAGUUUCAGAGGAUUGUAGAAAAAUGGAAGAGCUCAAACUUCAAGCAGAAGCUGCUGAUAUUGCAAAGUCUCAGUUUCUGGCAACUGUAUCACAUGAAAUUAGAACUCCUAUGAACGGCGUCCUUGGAAUGCUGGACAUGCUUUUGGGGACAGAUCUGACUAUGACCCAGAAGGAUUUUGCUCAGACCGCUCAGGAUUGUGGCAAAGCGUUGAUAAUACUGAUCAAUGAUGUCCUUGAUCGAGCAAAGUUUGAAGCUGGAAGGUUGGAACUUGAGGAAGUGCCUUUUGACUUGCGAACGCUGGCGGAUGAUGUGAUCUCUUUGUUUGCCUCAAAGUUAAGAGCAAAGUGCAUAGAGCUUGCAGUGUUUGUGAGUGACGACGUUCCAAAACUUGUCACCGGAGAUCCUUGGAGAUUUCGACAGAUACUGACAAAUUUAGUGGGCAAUGCAGUCAAAUUCACAGAACGAGGUCAUGUUUUUGUGCGGGUCUCUUUGGCUGAGAACUCAACUAUGGAAGCUAAUCGAGUCCCCAAUGGAGACCUCCAUGGGAAAGAUUGUAAAGUUGAGUCUACAGCUAAUGGUGCCUUCAAUACUUUGAGUGGGUUUCAAGCUGCGGAUGAACGAAAUAGCUGGGAAUAUUUUAAGCUGCUGCUCUCUGAUAAGGAGUUACUUUCUGAUGAGCCAGAGGGUAAAAAAUCUAGCCAGAAUGAUUCUGAUCACGUGACCUUGAUGAUAAGCAUUGAGGAUACAGGUGUUGGUAUCCCACUGCAUGCACAAGAUCGUGUUUUUACUCCUUUUAUGCAGGCAGAUAGUUCAACUUCAAGGAACUAUGGUGGAACUGGUAUUGGUUUAAGCAUCAGCAAAUGUUUGGCUGAACUUAUGGGUGGGCAAAUAAGUUUCACCAGCCGUCCUUCAAUUGGGAGUACAUUUACAUUCUCAGCGGUUGUGAAGCGUGCAUCCAAAGAUACUUCAUGUGAUUCAGAGAGGAGCUUGUCUGAGGCACUACCAACUGCCUUUAGGGGAAUGAAGGCGAUUUUGGUAGACGGGAAACCUGUGCGUAGUGCUGUGACAAGAUAUCACCUUAACAGGUUGGGAAUAAUUGUUCAAGUGGUCAAUAAUAUGAGUAUGGCAAUUCAAGCCUUUGGGAAAAAUGGCGCAACAGAGUCGAGAGAAAAACCGUUCAUGCUUUUUAUUGAGAAUGACAUCUGGAGGCCUGAGGCGGAUAUUCAGUUAUCGAAUCGUCUACGUACACUCAGGAUGAAUGGUCGGGCGCAUGAGCUGCCCAAGCUAAUUCUUUUGGUCACAUCUGAAGCUGACAAGGACAAGUAUGGAUCCACGUUCAAUACUGUGAUGUGUAAACCCUUAAGAGCAAGCACAAUCGCUUCUUGUCUUCAACAGUUGCUAAAAGUAGAUAUACCUGUAAGGAAGGAAAAUCAAAACAGGCCCUCAUUUCUGCGUAGCCUGUUGGUUGGGAAGAAUAUAUUGGUUGUAGAUGACAAUAAAGUAAAUCUACGGGUUGCUCAAGCCGCGCUCAAGAAGUAUGGUGCCAAGGUUCAUUGUGUUGAAAGUGGCAAGGAUGCUAUCUCCCUACUUCAACCUCCUCAUUGCUUCCAUGCAUGUUUUAUGGACGUCCAAAUGCCUGAGAUGGAUGGGUUCGAGGCAACUAGACAAAUACGAGAAAUGGAGAAGAAAGCAAACGAGGAGAAGAGAGAGCAGCCGAGUUCAGGGGAAGGUUCAACAUUUGUUGAGUGGCAUUUGCCUGUUCUUGCAAUGACCGCCGAUGUUAUUCAGGCGACCUAUGAAGAGUGUAUGAAAUCGGGGAUGGAUGGCUAUGUGUCCAAACCGUUCGACGAGCAGCAGCUAUACCAAGCAGUCUCCAGAUUAGUGGUGGGAACAACUGAUUCGGCCUCAUGAUCUGAUCGAUCGAAACAGGAUCCGACGCCUCGUUGGUUGAAGCGAAGCCAAGCUGACUUGACUCUUACAAACCUGACAUGGAUAUAUCUCUGCAACACUUUGGAUGAGAAGUCGAAGGCGCCUUGAGCUAGUGAACUUCGUUGCAGGCCGAGGUAAAUGACGAUGCGCGCCGCGGUGGGCAUGCAUUUCUGCUGCUGCUGCUCAGGGGGGAAGACGAAGGAGGUGGCUCGAGAUAUAUUAGGUAGAUUAGGAUUUCUUGGUUUGCUGUUGGUAGUAGGCAGAUGUAUGAUGUUGUAUCUCAUGUCUGUUCAUUCUUUGAACAUAUAUAACAUCUCUGUGCUGUGCUGCACUCCCCCGAGAUUCAGAGUCCGCUGAAAAGAAAAGGUGUGGUGGGGUUU